GAUUCUUAGAAAAAAAGAGAGACUCAGAAAAGCCUUAUUUAUGCAGAUAGAAUGAGCUCGGAUAUCUUUUGUAGUGAUAGUUCACAGUGAUUUUGUUUGAUACGCAGAGAUUUCCCCGGCUGAGUGCAUGCAAAUCGUCAAGCACUCGUAAUUUUACACAGAACACAGCGGCUUAAUAAACGCCCCGCCCCCUCCUCCAGGUGCGCGUACAUCCAGGCGUAAGGUGAAGGGGCGGGGCCAGCGAAACGGGCGGGCUCAUGAAGGAGGCGGGACUUCCGCUGGCCCCGCCCCUCCCGCGCGUCGCUGCUGCUCUUCCUUCCGGAAACGCCGCUCCUCGGCCCGGAGUGCCGCCGCAGCCAUGGGGGGAAAGAACAAGCAGCGGACCAAGGGCAACGUGCGGCCUUCUAGCAGUGGCCGGGCUGCAGAGCUCCUCGCCAAAGAACGCGGGACGGUGCCUGGGUUUAUCGGCUUUGGAACAUCGCAGAGUGAUCUAGGUUAUGUUCCUGCAGUUCAGGGAGCAGAGGAAAUAGACAGCCUCGUGGAUGCUGAUUUUCGAAUGGUCUUGCGAAAACUCUCUAAAAGGGAUAUCAUAACAAAAUUAAAAGCUAUGCAAGAGUUUGGUGCGAUGUGCAAAGAAAGAGAAGCAGAAGUUGUUAAAGGUGUUCUUCCUUACUGGCCAAGAAUUUAUUGUAAAAUCUCACUAGAUCACGAUCGCCGUGUUCGAGAAGCAACUCAGCAAUCUUUUGAGCAACUGAUUCUUAAAGUGAAAAAACACUUGGCGCCUUACUUAAAAAGUAUCAUGGGAUACUGGCUAAUUGCACAAUGUGACACUUACUCCCCUGCUGCUUCUGCUGCAAAAGAAGCUUUUGAAAAAGCUUUUCCUUCAAGCAAACAACCUGAAGCCUUAGCGUUCUGUAAAGAUGAAAUUCUUAAUGUUCUUCAAGAUCACCUUCUGAAAGAGACACCUGACACACUCAGUGAUCCUCAAACUGUACCAGAGGAAGAAAGAGAAGCCAAAUUUUUCCGGAUUUUGACCUGUUCCUUGUUAGCUUUAAAAAAGUUGCUUAGCAUGCUGCCAAAGAAAGAGAUGCAUUCACUGGAGGAAAAAUUAAUGUCGCUUCUGUCUCAAAACAAAUUUUGGAAAUAUGGUAAACACAGCACACCGCAGGUUCGUUCAGCUUUCUUUGAGCUGGCUUCUGCUUUCUGCCAGUACUUGCCUGAGCUGAUGAAAGCUGAAGCACCAAGAGUUUGUCCUGCUGUUCUUCUCAGUAUUGACGACAGUGAUGCAGUAGUAUGUCCUGCUCUUUGGGAAGCUGUCCUUCAUGCUAUUGCCACUAUUGAGGACUGUUGGAGUCAUGUAAAUGCCAGAAAAGGAGUUCUACCGAAACUGUGGACAGUACUUCGAGAAGGUGGACGAGGACUGGCUACUGUUAUAUACCCGAAUAUCUUGCCAUUCAUUAGCAGGGUACCUCCUGGCAUCACAGAACCAAAGCUGGAAUAUUUCAGAACUUUUUUCAGCUCAAUGAUUCAAGGGUUAUCAAAUGAGCGGGCACUAGCCAGUCCUUCAGAAAGUUCAGCAAUUAUAACUACUUUUAUGGAAUGUCUGCGCUUUGCCAUACUACAGAAGAUAGAUGAAGAUGAACAAAGACAAAUACAUCAAAUGCUAAUAUUUGACCAGCUAAUUCCUCUAACUGAUGCUGUACUUCAGGAGCCCAGGUUACAAAAUGGACCAUUAUUUUAUCAAAUAGCAGAAACAAUAAGCUCCUGGGAAGCGAAAGCUGAAGUCUCUAGUGAUGAUAAUACAAAUGAAGUUUUCCAGAAACUAUUGUCAAAUUUCUGGGACUGUCUUUUAAAAAUGUGUAUACUUCAUGUUGAUAAAUUGGAGGCUGAUGAGAAGACAUUGUUUGCCAUAUCUGAUAUGCUGGAGGUUCUUCAAAAUCCAAAGACUGCUACGAGACCAAACAAUAGAAGAUCUCUAAAAGUAAAAUUUUCAGAUGAGGAUGAGUCUGAAAGGAACACGGAGAAUGGAAAGAUCACGGAAGUGAGGAAUAAUAGUGACUCUGAAAUACAAGCUGACCUACAGCAUAGUUCAGUUCUAAGGAAAGAACCUUUAGAAAAUUUAGUCUGCCACCUUUCUGAGCUGAGUAUUGUGUAUGUCAACGAACAGAAGUCAGAGCAGCAUUUGAAAUUCCUUGCUGCCCUUCUCAACUCUUUUUCUUCAAACAGAGUUUUUCAAGUACUUUUAAAGCAGGGAAGCAAUGCAAGGUGUCCUCCAGCUGAAUCCCAAGAAGACAUAAAAGUUCAUAAUGAAAAUCCAUCUGUACAAUUUCUGUAUAUGAAUUUAAUAACUUGGCUUAAAGAAGACUGGAGGAAAGACAUGCAUUUUCUGGUUGAUAUUUUGUACAGUGUGCUUAACUGUUGCAACAGUAAUGAUGAAAGGAAAGUCAUUCUUGAUGAUUUAACAAAGAUGGACCUGAAAUGGAUCGUUUUUCUCCAGAUAAUUCAAAAGGCAUGCUCUAGCACAACAAAACUUUUGUUAAUCUCUGAGUGGCUGAAAGGAGAUAUGCUUGGAGAAAGACUUGUAAUGCUGGCAGAUGAUCUGUGUCACCUGGGUUUAAAACCAAUAGCAACCUCACCAGAAUCAUCCUCUUCAGAAAAAUGGACCGUCCUGAGCUUGGUGUUGUCACAACACAUUAAAAAUGAAUCUUUGAUUGGUGAAACUUAUGUCAAAAGGAUUAUUGAUAAACUUCAAGCAGCGCUGUCUAAAGCUAAGGAUCUUUCAGAAGCUGGAAAUACCGAACCAUCUGUAUCUUUUAUCUGUGAUGUAGCCUCAAGCUUUUUCAGUUCUGUUAAAGGGUGUUUACUGAUGCCAUCCUCAGAAGACUUGCUGCUUACCAUCUUCCAACUGUGUGCUCAGAGGCAGGAUGCUACACAUUUAACAGAUUUGCUUGUAAGCAAGUUAAAGCAUACUUGGAUAUCUGGUGUAAAUUCGCUCGUCCGUCAUCUUCGGAGUAUGCAGAAUCAGAGCACCUUUUUGCAUAAGUCUGCACUAUGGAUCAAGAAUCAAAUUCAGUCUUCCUCUUUGGAUGUCAAAAGCCUUCAGGUUUUGAUCUCUGCAGUUAGUGAUUUAUUGUCUACACUUCUGGAAGCUGACAGACAGUCUGGAUGUCUUGUGGGAGCUUAUGUUGAGCACAUUAUGCCCAACAGAACUGAAUGGGAAAAAUUACGUGAGUCUCUUUCUGCUGAGUGGAUGCACAAACCUCUUUUGGAAGGAAGGCUGAGUAUGAAUUGUGAACAUUUGGGAUCAUGUGUUAAGCUAUGUGGCACAACUAAACUUCCAGGACAUCUGUGUACUUCAGCCUUAUUAAGUAAAAUGGUGCUACUUGUACUGGAAAAUGAUAUGGUGAAGGGAAAUGAGGAUGCUGAAAGAAAGAAAAUUGAUAAUAUAUUUGCAGAACUGUUGUAUUCAUUACAAUGGAUUGAAGAAUUGGAGAAUCCUCCUUAUCUGCUUCUGGAAUAUCUUCAUAUGUUAGAAGAAAUGCACAUCACAUAUGAAAAGUUCAGCGCACUCAGUAAUACAACUAACCUUCAGCAAACAAUAUUUGAUAGAUCAGAGGAACAUGGAAGACUCUGGUCCUUAGUCAUGGCCAAAGUGAUUCAUGGAGAAGACGCUGUAUCCUGUGAGAUGAAAAAGCUGUUUAAGACGAGCGAAGGGUUUCUGCCAUUAACAGAGGGCAGAUUGCAUACACUUCAGUGCCUAUCACCCUUUUUAAUUGAGGAGGAGAAGAGAGAACUUGUUUUCCACUGUGUGGCCAAACUUAUGACAUGUACACCAACAGAGCUCUCCAGUACUGAUGGAGCUUUUGGGUGUCUCUCCAUUUUGAAUUCCUGCUUGAAUGACAAAAGUUUUGGUUGUGAUCACCUCUUACCCGGAGUACUAAAAAUCAUAAUAUCUUGGAAAAAUGAUAAUGAGGACAGUUUCCUCUUUAGCUGCAAUCUGAAAGAAACAAGUGCUCAGUUGCUUGGGAAGGAAUGUAAAACAUCUACUUUAAACCAAAUAUUAUUAUGAAAUUUUCCUCUUAUUUUUUUUUCUUCCUAGACAACAUCAGAAAACCAUUCACUCUAUCAUGUCCCACUUGUGCAGAUUUUUGCCUGUGUCAGUUGUGACCUGGCAUCUGCCCUCAGUGCUUACUUUGAACCUGCAGCUCCUAAGACUACUGAAAACCUUCCUGUGAAUUUGGUCAGUGAAUGGAAAGAAUUCUUUUCUGAAGGAAUUCACAAUUUGCUGUUACCUCUGUUUGUGAAAGUCACAGGAGAAACAAAAACUGCAACUGAAGGCUCUUUUCAGAACUCCGUGUUAACAUCUUUGGGUGAAGCUCUAACUUACAUCUCGAAGGACCAGUUGUUAAACCAUAAGCUACCAGCAAAGUUUGUUGCAGGCCAGAAAACAAAUCUUCCAGAUAAUCUACAGACUCUGUUAAAUACAUUAUCUCCACUGCUGCUUUUCCGAGCUAGAUCUGUACAGGUUUCAGUCUACCAUAUGUUGUAUAAGUUAAUGCCUGAGUUGCCUAAAUUUGAUGAUGAAGAUCUCAAGUCUUAUGGUGAUGAAGAGGAGGAAUUAGCAUUAUCACCUCCAGCAGCUCUUAUGUCUGUCCUUGCCACGCAAGAGCUCUUGCUAGAAAACAUCUUAGAAUGCAUUCCAGUUGGGGAGUUUGCAGUUAUUCAGCCCCUGAGCGAUGAGUUCUGCCUUGUUCUAGGAUAUCUUCUCACUUGGAAGUUGACGUUAACUUUCUUCAAAGCGGCUUCUUCUCAGCUGCGAGUUCUCUAUUCACAAUACCUUAGAAGAACUAAAAGCUUGAACAAACUGCUUUAUCACUUGUUCAGGCUUAUGCCUGAAAACCCUGUCUUUUCUGGGCUGACUUCAGAAGUUCCAAAUAAGGAUACAAAAACAUUCUUUACUGAAGAGCUUCAUUUAGAUGUCAAAGGGACGGGAGCCCUGUCAUCCCAGAUCCCGCAUUUGGCUUGUUCUGUGUAUCAUAUAACACUGAAAGACUUGCCAGCCAUGGUUAGGCUUUGGUGGAAUAGCUGUGAGAAACGUGUCUUCAAUGUUGUGGAUAAAUUUACAAGCAAGUAUGUCAGCAGUGUGCUUUCUUCACAGGAAAUAUCUUCUGUUCAGACCAGCACACAGCUAUUUAAUGGCAUGACGGUAAAAGCUCGGUCUGCUGCACGGGAAGUCAUUGCUACCUAUUCAGUUGAUGAUAUAUUUAUUGAACUAAUAAUACAGCUUCCAACAAAUUACCCACUGGGGUCUAUAACAGUUGAGAGUGGAAAGAGAGUUGGUGUGGCUGUUCAGCAAUGGCGCAACUGGAUGCUGCAGUUAAGCACGUAUCUUACACAUCAAAAUGGAAGUAUUAUGGAAGGCCUAUCUCUGUGGAAAAAUAAUGUGGAUAAACGUUUUGAGGGCAUCGAAGAUUGCAUGAUCUGUUUUUCAGUCAUUCAUGGUUCCAACUAUUCUCUGCCCAAAAAAGCUUGCAGAACAUGCAAGAAAAAGUUUCAUUCAGCUUGCUUGUACAAAUGGUUCACAUCCAGCAACAAAUCCACCUGUCCACUUUGUCGAGAGACUUUUUUCUGAAAUAAAACGGUCUGUCUUCUUUCUGUGAGCUAAGUAGUACAUGAAGAAGAGGCAAUAAACUGUGUGUUGAAAGAAGCAAACUACUUGGAAAUAAUUUCUAUUACUUAAAGUUCUUGACUGUUGGGAUAUGACACAUAUUUACCUCUGGACUGUUUUUUUUGUAAGAGAUUGAAGAGUCUUUGAUAUAAAAAAAAAUAUAUAAGAAUAAUUUAUUUUGAUUUGUAUAUUUUUAAGGUAUUAAGAUAUGUUAAAAAUUCCUAAGUGAUGUAGAGUUAUGUCUGAAAAUUGGUGUUUAAGCCACAGCAUAGUUGAUUAAAACCUCUUAUUUUCACUGUCAUGGUGGCAUGCACUUAAGGCCAGAUCAUGCCUAUUAAUAUAACAGGUGAAUUUAACGUUGGUGGCGUAAAGACUUGAUUUUUUGAUUAUAGUGUAUGUGGGUUCACAAUAGUUCCUCUUAUGGGGGAGGUAAAAAAUAAAUAAAUGAAUAAAAAUGCUGCAGUUAAACAUUGAGGCAUGGACUUAGGGCGAUAACUUUCUGUUAAAGUGUAAAAUUUAAACACAGCAUGCUCUAAAUUAACAUUUAUAAAUUGAGCUUUCACCUUUGUCUUAUUUUCUGAAAAAAAAACUAAGCCAACCAGCACUCAAAAACCAUGAAAACCCUGAAGUUUAAGGUAGCACAGAGGGCACUGUCAUUCCUGCAUGACAGUGAGGAAACACUGCCCAUUUAAUGCAGAUUGGCUUUUAAGAAGACAUGCACACCAAUCAAUUCUUCUAUUGUCAUUAUUUCAGUUAAUGUCUUUGUUAGCUGAGGCAUAAACUAUGACUGAAUUUACCAUGUAAUUCCAGUGUCCAGUAAUAAUAAGGGCUCUAAAUGAACAUGAUAGAUGUAUCAGAAUCUAACAUCAUCUUCAUUCCACUAGUCCUUUUCCACGUUGUUGUUUUUUUAAUAGCAGUAGCAUACUAAUAUACUCCAACUUGGAUGGUGUUGUUCCAUGGCAGAUUCCUUGGAAAACUCAAUAAAAGAAAAGGAAUGAAUGAA